UAUUCCUCGAUUCGGAUAACUUCUUGCCUCAUCCCACCAAACAACAGCUUUUCUCUAGGCAACUAUAUAACAAAACUAGUAUUUAAAGGAUAGGAAAGCCAAGUAUUUCUGGCCUCCCCAUUAUACUCCUAUAAGUACCCAAAACCACGGAAAAAGACAUACAACAAACGUAACACAAUGCCGGCCCCGUCACCCCUCACCAUCGCGACGCAGUCCGUCCAGCGCCUCGUCAAGGAGGAAAAGUCGUACCGCAAGGAGCUCACGCAACAAUCGGAGCGCGUCAAGAAGCUAGAGACACAGAUUAAGGAUGCUGGUGAAGGCGCAGACGAUAAUGCCGCUUAUGUAUUGAAGCAAGAGCAAAAAGCCAUGGACGAAACCCGCGCCAUCUUCGUACCCCUAGGCGAACGCAUCGCCCAAGCCGUUCAACGACUCGAGGAGCAAAUCGCAACAGCCGAGAGCGAGAGCGGACCAGCGGACGAGAUACAGAAGGCGAAAGAAGCCUUGGAGCUUGGAAAGGCCGUGGAGGAGCCGCCCGUUGUGUAAUAUGGACAACCCGACAGGUUUGGGCUACGAGGUGGUUGCGUGUGGAUAUGGAAAGCAGUGAAUUAAUACAAUGAUACCACAUCUUUUGCAAAAGCAGAAAUAAAAGAAAUAAGUAAGAUUAGACAAUGUUUGCCUAGGAAUAAGUGUAGAUUAAUACUAGCAAGAAGCCAUUCUCUAUUCUGUCUUAGCGUACUGCUCCGUUCUGUU